AUGAAUAGAAAGGAUAUUCCAUAUGGAAGACGAAGGGAAUGCCCUUUGGAACAGUGGGUGUCCUUUUCAAGCGACGAAGAAGAGCGCAAGUCCUUCCGGGCCAAGGGCAUACCAGUCAUCUUUCAGGAUGAGUAUGAGGAGAAGCCCGAAAUCGGCAACAAGAGCCCCGUAAUACUCAAAGACGAGAAGCCACCGCUGCUGCCACCGCUGCUGCCACCGUCCUACAAUACCUCAAAUAUGAAUGGCGACAAUGAUGUGGAUGAGUAUGUGCCACCGCCGGCUGUUGUAGUCGGCGGUCGGGAGGUGCGAGGGAAGUCACCCGCCACGCCCUCUUAUCGCAAGCCACCGCCAUAUGUAUCGCCAUAAAUCAUUGUCAAGAAUCAGCAGCAAACGAAGCCGCAACAGAAACCGAAAGAGCAACAGCAACAAUAAUAACAAUCGCAUCGUAUUAACCACACAAUCUAUAAAUAUAUAUAUAUAUAUAUAGAUACAUACAAUCAUAUAUAUAUAUAUAUACAUCUACCGAUUUGGCACAACUUAUAUAUGCAACUAAGCAAAACUCUUUUGUAUAUAUCCAAGUGCGAAUUGGUUUCUUUUUGAACUAGCUAUUCAAAUGGAAGCAAAGGAUAUUCCGUGAAUGAAUAGAAAGGAUAUUCCAUAUGGAAGACGAAGGGUACGGUACUCAAUGUUGAAGAGGCAGGACGAUAUUUUGUAUUAAUCACGACAGAAAAACAAUCAAUUAACGAUUUCAGUGCGAACAACUGGCAAACACUUUGUAGCUUAAAGAUCGAACACCACAUUUGAAAAACACUAAACAAAA